UUUCAUUCUCGUUUUACAAGGAAGUCAGCCAUAAUGAAGAUGUAAAGUACCCCCUUAAGCAUGCAAUUUAUAGCAAAAUGAACAAUUUUAAAGCGAUUACGGAUGAAGACUUUAAUAUCGAGUUUUAAAUUGCGGGAAAUAUACACUACGUGUGAGAACUAUUGAUUGAGAAACAUACAUACAUCCCUCUAUUGUACGUGUAUGUAUGACGUGAAAAAUGGCAGCACUGAGAUGUCUUAUCAUUUUACAUGCAUCCUGUAUGAUGAUUACAUUCUCAUCGUCUCAAUAUCUAGUAGGGGACAACAUCUGUGUCGCAAUUGAUGGGACUGUCCGAUGUUGUAGUGAGUUUAUGCAAGUUGGAAACCAGUGUGUAGAAUGUGACUUGGGUUAUCGGGGCAUCAAUUGCUCGUUAACCUGUCCACUUAACCACUACGGCCAUCUUUGUUUGUCACGGUGUGACUGUCUACCAUACCAGUACUGUGAUAUAGAAGUCGGAUGUCGAAGUAAAGAGACAAGUACUCUUAGUACAGAAUCAGAUAUUACAGUGACGUCACAAUCAAAUCUAAGGAAUAUCAGUUCGGAUGCACUAUACACAGUCUGCAUGGAAAUGCUCUUUCCAAAUGGUAAGUACAAGAAUAAUGAUGUAAUAACAAUGUAUGCAAUAUUGAUAAUUGGAAAAAAAUAUUGUUGGUAUAAAACAUCUAAGACUCUUGUCCAACCAGUUCCGACGCUAACUUUGAUUUCUCUCUACCCUAUGAAAUUCGACAUCCUGUAUAAUCCGAAAUCCUGUUUAAUCUGACAUCAUGUAUAAUUCGACAUCAUGUAUAAUCUGACAUCUUGUAUAACCCGACAUCCUGUGUAAAACGACAUCAUGUGUAAUCCGAAUUCUUGUGUAAUCCGGCAUCUUGUCUGAUCUCCCAGUGUAUGUCAACUUAAGAAUGCUCCAAGAUUAUUAGUGGAUUUUGGUUUUUUUGCCCAAGGUAUACAAUGUAGAAUAUUAGGGAAUUUUACGUGAUAUACUGCUCUCGUGGUCAUCGUGCAUAUCAUACAUAAAAUAAAUUCCUGUUGAACUACACGAAUGUAUUUAGCAGUAGCUCGACGGACAGUUUUUAUUUUUAAAAAAAGUUAAUAUUUAUGUAUGGUUUAAUUAAUAUUCAAUGUGCGGAAGACAGACGGUUUCCUAGUUCCUGUCACAUGUGGUAUCACAGAACCCAGCGGGAUCAUGUUGGUUUGUAUGACAACAAUGCAUGUAUGUGUAGUCAUUUGUUAUGUAAGAUUCUUCUGGAUAUUGUGAUGUUUAGUUCCAUAUUUAUCGAUUGGCUGUUUGAUAUCAUCACAGUUAAUGCGAUCCGUACAUUUAAUUUUGAUAUGAUUAUAAUGUUGUCAACUUUAUCUGUGGAUGAUAACUGGGUAUAAAUACACUGAAACCCUGUGUCUUUUUUAUCUUUUUAAUCGUUUUGUCAUGGAAUUUCUUCAUAUUUACAAAUUAUCCUGAAAGGUGAAGUUAACGAACAGUAAUCAAUCUCAUAACUCCUAAAAGCAAUACAAAAUAGAGAGUUGGGCAAACACGGACCCCUGGACACAUCAACGGUGGGAUCAGGUGCCUUGGAGGAGAAAGCAUCCCCUGUCGACCGGUCACACCCGCCAUGAUAUAUGGAAAUUGAGUAAUUUGAACACUUCUUGAUAAUCAUAUGUAACCAAUAUUUGGUUUAGACACUUUAUUUUUCUGCUAUGCGCUGGAAGUUAUCAGAAAACGGAGAGCAACAAACACAUAGUUUCUAUCUACAUGAUAAGAAUGAUGGUAUUGCUGAGGUAUUUCUGUGUCAUUUUCUCCAUAUGGAUCACGUUUUCAUCGUGCCAGCUUCUGACCGGGGACAAUAUCUGUAUUAUAUCAGACGGGUAAGUGUUGUGUUCAUUUUCUUAAAAAUCGCACACUGGUAAAGAAUGCAAUACAUGUAAAUAUUGACUAAUGCAAUAAAUGUAAAUAUUGACUGUCUCCUACGUAGUGCGUAUAUACUGUAGAUUCCGUAUUUUAUGCGAGUACUUAAUAUCGCGAAAUGACUCAUGGACGUCAAAUCGCGAGAAGAAAAAUUCGUGAGUACUCUGUUGAUCAAGUGUUUUUGCAUGUAUUUUAGCAAUAUCAAAAUAAAAACGAGAACUAUUUUUUCGAGAGUAAUGUUUCUCGCGAAAUUACGCAGUAAUAAAUCUCUCGCGUGUAUUCGGGAAUUUAGAGUACAUGUAUCUGUAAGGACUUCUCGCUGUUGUAACAGUUAUAUGGAAAUUGAAAACGGAUGUGUUGGUAUGUAUUAAAUUAGUUUCUAUUCUGAGCAGAUAAAUAUGAACCAAAAUCUCCUGAUAGAUUAGUUACAUACAUUUAUCAUUUACGUCUUAAAUAUACUAAAGUUAAAUUAUAUACAUUUACUAGUAAAUGUUAGAGGAAACUCUCUGAAGGUUUGGUGUAAACAAAUAGGUAGAAAUAUGGUCAGGAUUAAACGAGUUUGAAUAAUAAUUGAUAUAAUUUACAUUUUUCAUUAAUAUUUUCAUGUUUGUGAUACAAUGUGCGUUAUUUCAGAUGAUGACUUGGGCUACUGGGGCGUUAAUUGCUCCUUAACCUGUCCAUGUAACCACCACGGGAGGAUAUGUUUAGAAAGAUGCAACUGUCUACCAUGCGUAUCAGAAGUGAGUUGUCAGUGUAACAGAGCUAGAGGCCUGUGUAUAGAAUCAGAUAUCAAAAUACUUGUAUACGGAAGGAAACAACAUAUUCAGACGUCCGUGCUACGUCUGAACAACUUUUUAUUUAAAACAAAUCCCAUUUCAUUACAGGCCUGGCGAGAUCUCUAUCAUUUCCGCUGUACAGGGUAUUUAAAUUUUUUUGUCAAUUCUAAUCAAUGACUUGAAUACCCGAGUAAACCGAAGCGUAAAUUACGUAAGGUAUUUAAAUUUAUAUUGCGAGAACAUGGUGGAUAUCGACCACGGACAACAUUAUGUGUCCUGUCAACUGUGCACUAUGAAUGUCCAGUUCUACUGCAAGCCGUGUGGGAAAAGGUUAUGCAGAGAAUGCUUAUCACCACAUACAGAUUUCAACGAUACUGACCAUGUCGUUGUUCCAUAUCACAAACGAUUUACGACAGUGGCAAAAUCAUUUCAUGACCCAGAAAUAGUACAGAUCGUUCAAUGCGGAAUCAAUUCCACGCCGUGUAUUAGGUUUGGUGGCGAAAAGAAACUUUAUAUCGCUGCAAAUGGUGUUCCACUUCUCAAACUAUUUGAUACGGAUGGACAUCUGUUGGACAUUUAUAAACCAAAGAAUCUCGUGAGAUUUUUCUCUCCAAGUCGUGAUGGAUUUUUAUAUACAUACCCCGGUGGCAUCCGAAAAGUGAAUGAUGUUGGUGAUGAACUUAUCCUGUCUCAUGCAAAUUCCCUGAAAGGGAUUGCAUUUCUUGAACCCGAGGCAAUAUUUGUUUGCAAUGCGUCACCGCCAAACGUGGUCAAGUACAACACAAAAGGGGAAAAGCUCCUUGAUAUAGGGGAAAUAAAUGGAAAUAAUAUUUAUACAUACCCAGAAAAUAUUGCUAUCAACGGGAAUGGGGACAUUUGCGUGACGAAUGUGGCCUUGUUAUUUUGCACGAACCAAAGGUCUUCUGUCAUUGUGGUAGACAGCGCAGGUUGUUACCGUUUUUCGUACAGUGCCCCACAGGAGCAGAGGUUUCAGCCGAUGGACCUCUGCUGCGAUUCUAAUUUUCACAUCAUUGUGGCUGACGAAGAAAACAAUAAACUGCACGUGAUCGACAGGGAAGGCCGCUUCCUUAGAUACCUGAUUUAUGAUGGAAUAAGAAACAUUUGCAGCAUUAGCAUUGACACUAAGGACAGACUAUUUGUGUCUCAAAUGCACGAGGAGUUUCUAAGAAUGAUUCAGUAUUGGUAUUAAAUUUCUCCAGUUAGAGAGUACUCUCGCCUGGAGAGAGAGAGAGAGAGAGAGAGAGAGAGAGAGAGAGAGAGAGUUCAUUUCUCGUUAUUUUAAGAGAGAGAGAGGAGAAAAGUUCCGCUAUUUUGAUUUGUAGAGCAAUGGGUUUUUAAUUAUAAUAUGUAUACUUAUCACAUAGUCUAAUUUGUACAUUGAUGUGUAAUUGUGCGAUGUUUUUAAUAUAGAUAUGCUUAUUAUGGACA